AUGGCACAAGUGAAACACGACAACAGCUGUAUGCGCGAAUUAGCGCUACUGCUAGGUGUGGAUACAAUGCAAAUGGCAGAUAAGGUGUCAGAGCUUGAAGAAACAGUCUCGAGGAAAAAUAUGAUAGAAAAAGCAGUGAGACCACUUGUUUCAGAUAAAUCAGUGCAGAUUCCACAGCAGAGCACAGCUUCGUCAAGCAACAACUUAACCGGUUUGAGUUCGGAAACGUGGACUGUCACACUACAUUCGAUCCUAUCGCAGCCGCGCAAGCUCGAAAAGACGAACAAGCAGCAGCAGACGCAGAAGGAAUCCCCUUGGACAAUCCCGACAGCAGGGCACCAAGCUAUAGUCGAGGCUUUGUGCAAUAAAUUCAAGGAAAACGAAUCUUCCGCACAGUUAAAUGCCUACAUGAACCUGAAGACGGUACGCAUGGAAGGAAACGUGACAAGCUACUGCCUUGAAUUAGAGAAGAUCACGCAAAGAGCCUAUCCUGGAGCCUCCGAAAAGGAGCUUCGCGCACAAGAGCAUCAGAACUGGUUGCGCAGCUAUCCGAUUGGCCAGAAUAUCUUCAGCUGUACACGGCAAUGGAAUUAG